UGAGGCUAACAACUAAAGUGAGCGGUUAAAAAAAAGAAAAGAACUCAAACACCCGCAGGCAUCAUGCAAAUCUUAACAAUAACUCUAAUCACAUUUGUGAUUCUUUUCCAUUCCCCAGCAACAAAUGCCAUGUUGGAACUAGUAAAUGUCUCAUCUCCCGCCGACGCCGAUAUUCAGGAUGCAAAACAAUUUUCCGAAUCUAUUCUCAUUGCUAUACGACAAUACAUUUUGUACGAACUCCCACCUGAAGCAAAUGAAGAAGCCGAAGUAAUUCUGGCACAAAUAAAACGUGGUUUAAACAACUGCGAAAGUCUGCUGCAGGCUGCGGUCAACAUCUGGGAAUAUAAACAAUGUGCCAGUGCCUUGAGACGUGAUGCAAUGACUGCAUUGGCUACAUUGCAGUAUAAAUAUCAACCGAAUGCAGCUUCAUCGGCCACAAGAAUAUCGUUUUUGCGAUAAACAAUGAUGAAAUCAAAAGAAGAUUAUAAUUUGUUUGAAAUAUUUUUAU